AUUUUAUAAUAAUUCUUGAAUUAUUAGUAAUAUUCUUAAUAUAAUAAUAAAGAACAUUGAUUAAAGCAAUGAGCAAACCCCCCUAAGCCUAAAAUGACAGUCAAUCAGAUAAUGGUAGUGUGAAUAAAAUAAGCGAUAAAUAGAAGAUAAAUACCUUGAAAAAAGCUGUUAUUGAACUAAGAGAAGAAAAAGCUUAAUUAUUGAAGACCAUUUCAGAAUUAACCUAAAAGAAUACUAAUUUAACUUAGGAAAAGGCAGAUUUGGAUGAAAAGUACAAUUCUGUGAUUAGAGAUUUGCAAUAGUAGAUUUAAACUCUCAGCAAUGGCUAGGAAAAAUAGAGAAAUACAAUUACAAGCUCCUUAGGAUCACCAAGGUCUCUUAUUUAAAAUGAUCCAUUAAAUAAUAAUAGCAACUUAACCAAAUAAAUAAAGCAACUUUAACAAGAAUUGAAAUAGAAGACAGAUGAUCAUGAAGCCCAGCUCUCUAUUCUAUAGACCGGUUAUAAAGAAUUAGAGAGAGAUUAGAAAUACAAGGAUCAUUAGAUUGAUAAACUUACUAAAGAAAUUGAAGAUAAAAAUACUACAAUUUAGCAAUUAAGAAAGAAUAUCGAAGAUAUCGAAAAGGAUUUAUAUAAUAGGAUUAAAGAUUUAUCUGGAGAAAAAUUGCAAUUGUAAUUAAAAUUAAAAACAAUUGAAAAGGAAAUCCAAUAAAAAGAUGAAGAAACAAAAGUAAUCCAAAAAGCAUUGGAUGAUUCUAGAUUUAAAAUAGCCCAAUUAUUAAGUGAAUUAGAAGAAACAAGAGGAAAAUACUUGCAACAUAAACUCACACUUAACAAUUAAUUCUUAGAUAUUGAAUGUCUAUUAAUUUUGAGACAGAAUUUGUUCUAAGAAUACAUUUUUGAACUUGAAACUUCUGCAUAGAGAUUUGUUUAUAAAGCUAGUGAUAUUACAGACCUGAAAAUUAAGGAUGAAUAAUCGUUUUAUUUAACUAUUAAAUCAAGAAAUAGAGACGAAGUGUUUAAGUUGUCACCUGGAUAAGAUAUCAAGAAGAUUUGUAAAUAAAUAAAGACAUUUUUGUAAAGAGCAUAAUAGAGCCAUGCACUUCAGUAAUCAAGCUAAAUAUAGAGUCCUAAGAAUAAUGGUCUACUUGGAGGACUUAUAUCGAUAUUUGGAAGCAAUUCUUCAAAGAAUGGAAGCAAUACCAAUAGUGAAUCCAAAUAGAAAUGA